AUGUUGCAAGCCGUGGGAAUUUCCGACCUAAAUGACAACCCCUCCUCCGACCGCAUAUUUAUCAUCGGAGGCGGUAUAGUCGGCGCUUCCCUCGCUUACUUCCUCUCUAAAGAAGACAAUGACCGCAAAAUUGUCCUCAUCGAUAAAUAUCUCGAUAAAUUGUUAGGAUCAACAGGCUAUGCACCUGGCUUUGUAGGUCAGUACAAUGAGUCGCAUGUUCUCACCAGUCUUGCGAAAGAUACGGUAUCCGAAUACAUCAAAAUCCCUGACGGAUUUAAUGUUGUCGGCGGACUCGAACUUUCGUCAACUCCAGACGGUGUCGAGAACCUGCAUCGCCGAAAAGAAGCCGCGCAGUCUUCCGGCCUCCCCGCUGAAAUAAUCUCACCGGAAGUCGCUGCUUCCUUGGCUCCGGACUUUAUCGAUGCCAAGAGUGUGAAAGCCGGACUGCUCUUCUCAACGGAUGGAGCGGCCAAUGCUAUUCGGAUUGCUUCUUAUUAUAUUCGUGAGGCCCAAGCUAGGGGCGUUCAAUUUCUCGAAGCUGAAGUGACUGGUUUCGCAACUGAAAGUAAUCAAAUGACGACCAUCAAUUGCUCGAAUGGGGACAUCACAUUGAAUGGUAGCAUUGUCAUUCUCGCCACGGGUAUCUGGACUUCUCCUUUAACAAACGAUAUUGUUAAAUUCCCAGUGCCUAUAAUCCCCGUUGCACAUCCAUAUACCUUUACCCCUCUCCGACCUCCUCGAUCUGGAACACCGUAUCCAUUUAUCCGCUGGCUAGACCACCAUGUCUACGCCAGAGAUCAUGGUGACCGCGAUGGCUUGGGAAGCUAUGAUCACCCGCCAAUGCAGGCGAGCCCAACAAAGUCAGCAAUGGGGCCAUGGCCCGCAAGCUUUGAGAACGUUCUGUUGGAAGCUACCUCGCAUUUGAAAAAUCGCCAUCAAUUUUUGGUGAAAGGACCUAGCGAGGAUCCGGACGAGAAGCGCCCUUUCAAUGGGAUAUUUGCAGUGACGCCAGAUAACCUUCCUCUCGCAGGAAGAGUUCCAGGUUUAUCCAACUUGUGGCUAUGUGCUGCAAUUUGGGUUACCACUGCCGCUGGAACAGCAAAAUUGAUAUCCAGGCAGAUCCUCGGGGGAGCUGAACAAGAGGAUGAGGCUUUGUUGAAGGCUUUAGAUCCUGCCCGCUUCCAGAAUAUUGAGGACGAAAUUCUUGUGAAGCAAGCGCUGGCCAAGUACAACGAUAUCUACAAUAGAGAUUCGAAGUGA